AUGCCUGGUCGAGUUUCCGCCCGUUCGACCUCUGCGCCAACACGCAGGUCAUCGGCUCAGCCCUCAGCAUCAGGAGGUCGCGCCGCGUCUGUGACCCCAUCGUUUGUGAUUCCAGAAGAACCUGCUCCGCCCGAAGCAUCACCUAAUCUACGUCGCGACAUUUGUGUGAUUUUCGCUGACGCUCAGCGUUCGACGACCGGCCACCGGAAACUUGUGGUACGAUUAAGGAAGCUGCAGGAGAUUUGCUGCGGGAUUUCUAGGAAGACGAAGAAGGAUGGAAAGGGCCCUGAGGUUCAGGAAGAACUUUUACUGCCGAGCGAAGAAACCAUUCCGGAGAAGGAGUUCAACGUAGAGGUUGGUCGCUGCUUGCUGCGCAUACUCCCGAUCAAAAAGACCGAGCCGGUUGGCGAUCGAAUUCUGCGGUUUGUUGGAACUUUCCUCUCACAUGCGACUGAGAAAGAUACCGAAAUCUUCGCUUCCGGAAAUGACGAGGAUGAAAUGCAGAAUAUCAUCGAGACCCCCACUGCCCGUCUGGCGACUCAUCUGAUCAGCGUUAUUGUGCCGUUGUUGUCGGCAAAGGAUAAGAUCGUGCGUUUUCGUGCGACACAGAUUGUCACCCACAUCAUCAAUUCUCUCGACACAAUCGAUGAUGAUCUCUACCAUACCAUUCGACAAGGACUAUUGAAACGGAUUCGAGACAAGGAGCCCUCAGUGAGGGUCCAAGCGGUACUGGGACUCGGGCGCCUGGCAGGGAACGAAGAAGAAGAUGACGAUGAUAACGACGAUAGCUCCAAAGCCCUCCUCGAAAAGCUCAUCGACAUUAUGCAGAAUGACACAAGUGCUGAAGUGCGGAAGACCUUGUUGCUCAAUCUGCCUCUAGUGCCCGCGACUCUCCCUUAUCUGCUCGAACGUGCUCGAGAUCUCGAAGCAACCACCCGACGAGCCUUAUACUCCCGCUUACUCCCCACCCUGGGUGACUUCCGUCAUUUGUCGCUUUCAAUGAGAGAGAAACUUCUUCGCUGGGGUCUUCGAGACCGAGAUGAAAGUGUUCGAAAGGCCACUGGAAAGCUGUUCUACGACCGCUGGAUUGAAGACUGCGCUGGCACAAACAACGAUUCCGAAAAUGGUCCUUCCACGCAGCGCUCUCCCCCAAACAUCCCGGCACUGCUGGAGUUGUUGGAAAGAAUUGACGUCGUGAGCUCUGGGAUGGAUUCCGGAAUUGCGCACGAGGCCAUGGGCAGCUUCUGGGAGGGCCGCCCCGACUAUCGAGAGGCGGUUGUCUUUGAUGAGCCGUUCUGGGAAUCCUUGACGGCCGAGUCAGCCUUUCUUCUACGAUCCUUUAACGACUUCUGCCGUGUCGAGAACGAAGGAAAGUUUGAUAGGCUUGCCGACGAGAAGAUACCUGAGGUGACAGCCUUCGCGCAUUUUUUGAAAAAAUACAUGACCGAGCUUCUGCAGAGGAAGAAAAUGGCCAAGGAUACUAGUGAAGCAAACGAUGACGACACUGUUGAGAAUGAAUUUAUCGUUGAACAACUAUUGCAUAUCGCCAUCACGCUGGACUACAGUGACGAGGUCGGCCGCCGGAAAAUGUUCUCUCUCCUUCGCGAGUCCCUAGCCGUGCCCGAGCUACCUGAAGAGUGCACCAAACUCACUGUCGAGACUUUGAGAUGUGUGUGCGGACCAGCGGCUGCAGCCGAGAGCGAAUUCUGCAGCGUCGUUCUCGAAGCUAUUGCCGAAGUCCACGACACUAUUGCGACCGAAGAUAGUUUUGUUUCGGCUAAGUCUGAAAUCAGCGAUGCAACCUCCAGCCGCCAACGGUCUGUAACCCCGGCAGACAGUGAAGCUGAAGUGCCCUUCAAUAAGGAGGAGGCAAAGGCCAAAGUUCUGCGCGAGAUCGUGGUCAAUAUGAAAUGUCUGCAUAUUGCUCAAUGUAUGUUGCAAAAUGUGGAAGGCAAUCUGCAACAGAACAUGAACCUGGUUACUAUGCUCAACAAUUUGGUCGUUCCAGCUGUUCGAAGCCACGAGGCCCCGAUCCGCGAAAGAGGUCUAGUGUGCCUUGGUCUCUGCUGCUUGUUGGACAAGACCCUCGCCGAAGAGAAUAUGACGCUUUUCAUCCACUGUUAUAGCAAAGGCCAUGAAGCUCUGCAGGUCACCGCUUUGCAUAUCUUAUGUGAUAUCAUAACGACGCACCCCUCGCUACUUGCCCCUGUCCCACAGUCUGACGGGGAAACCGUUUCACCGCCAGCAUUUCAGAAGCCAUUGAUCAAGGUCUUCGCAAGAGCCCUGAAGGCUAACUCUCCGAACAGUGUUCAGGCCGCUGCCGCGACUGGCCUUUCAAAGUUAUUGCUCACGAACACUUUUACGCCGUCUGGAGCAAACAUUCCACAAGCCAUUCAGGAGUAUAACGAGUCCGCUGUGGAGACCCUCUUGCAAUCGCUCAUUGUGUCUUUCUUCCACCCACGUACUCGAGAGAACCCGGCCUUUAGACAGGCGUUGGCCUAUUUCUUCCCUGUUUACUGCCAUUCCCGCUUGGAGAAUACCCAGCACAUGCGAAAGGUGACCGUUCCCGUUAUCCGUGCGGUCCUCAAUGCGGCGGAGGAGUACUACUCCCUAGAAGCCGAGGAAGAUAGUGAUGGCGAGAUUGAUGAGACUGUUGGACAGAGGGAGCUGAAGGCUCUGAUGGCAGGCGUCGUGGGCAUGCUUGCGGAAUGGACCGAUGAGCGGAGAGUGGUGGGCCUGGGAGGAGAGAAGAUUCUUGCAGGCGUUCCGACGAGCUCCAGCCCCUGUGGAUUCGUACACUUGGCCCUAGUGAAAGAUAUUUUGGAGCGUGUUCUGGGAAUCAGCACCGGUCCCAACCGGUGCUCCAAGGAAGAAAAGAAGCUUCUCUUCUCAUUGUUGAGUAAGCUUUAUAUCUCGCCUCCUGUGGUACCAUCGCGCUCUGGGUCUCGGAUGCCGGAAGGCGAUGAUCAAUUCCGCUCCAGCAUCCAGAGUGCCAGUGGGGGCGAAAUUUCCCCUGAGAAUGUGGCUCUUGCCCAGGAAGUCAAGGAAUUACUGGACGAAACCAUCCAAGAAGGUGUCGCGGCCGAAGCAGCGGGUCGAAAUGCGCUUGUGAAGGUCAAGAAUGCUGUCCUCAAGCUUCUCGCAGCUGCGCAGGGCAUCAGGUCCGACAGUGUCAGGCCGCGCGAAGGCACCGAGGAACCCGAAAGUGAUGCCAUGAGCAUCCGCUCUGGCAGUGUCCAGCCAUCCAUAGAGCACCCAGGCAAACGCCGGCGGAUGUUCUCAGUAGAGCCCAGCAUUAUGGAGGAGGAUGAGAACGAUGACAGUCGAGGAACAAUCAUCAAGUCUGAAGCUCACGACGACUGA